AGUAAUCUCAUUCGUUAUUCCGGCCGGUUUUUACUUACAGUUUUUUCUAUUGUGGUACAUUGGGUUAGUUAUCAUCAUGGAUUUACCAGACAGUAGUGAAACCUAUAUGCUAAAAGAAUAUUGGAACAAAAGGUUCGCUGUUGAAGACAAUUUUGAAUGGUGUAAAAGCUACUGUGAUUUUAGGCACUUAACAAUCCAACAUGUUAGAAAAUGUGAUAGAAUUUUAAUGUUAGGUUGUGGUAAUAGUAGGUUAAGUGAAGAAAUGUAUAAUGAUGGAUAUACAAAUAUUGUGAAUAUCGACUAUUCCCCAGUUGUUAUUGAGAAAAUGAGGCAAAAACAUCAAGAACUUAUUGGAAUGGAAUAUUUGCAAAUGGAUAUUACAAAAAUGACUUUCGAUAAGAAUUCAUUUGAUGUUAUUAUAGAGAAGGGAACUUUAGAUACUUUCCUAGUGGACGAGAAAAAUUUAUGGAACCCAUCAGAACAUAGCCGCAAGUUUAUGCAUACUGUUCUUUUACAGAUUUCUCAGAUCCUAAAGAUUGGAGGGCGUUUUAUAUCUGUGGCAUUUUCACAGCCACACUUCAGGAAGCUGUACCUUGCUAAGUCUGAGUAUAACUGGUCAAUUACAACAAAUAUCUUUGGCUAUUACUUUCACUAUUUUUUCUAUGUUAUGGAAAAAGGAAGAGAACUAAGUAAUGAUGACAAGAACCUGGAGGUUUCUCAAAACAAGAAAAUAUGUGAGGGAGACCAGCAAUGCAUAUCUUUUUCUGAAUUAGAAGAAGACAAUGAUGAAAACUUUUUAAAAAAUAUUUCAAAUAUAUUUUGAUAAAUAAACAUUUAUAUGCAGUUUCUAUGCAGUUGUACACAGACUACUGCUAGUCAGCUAGUUUGUGACAAAGAAAAUUUUUAACUUUCUAAAAUCCAUGAACUUUAUACUAAAUGUGAAUAAACAGAUAGUGCAGGCUAAUUUCAAAAAUUUAUAUUUAUAUCAAGUAC